AUGGCUGUACCACACGGCAGCAGCGGCGGCAGCGAGGGCAGCAGCAACAGCGGCCUGCCAAAGCGGCAGCGCGGCAGAAAAGCAAAGCAGCCGGGCGUUUUUGAGGUGCGGGUCAUUACUCCGCCCCCGCGCUCCCUAGGCGUGUACGAGCUGCCGCCGCUGACCCACAAUGGAGAGGAGGUCGUCAUUGACGGGGAGGGCUACGUCGUGCAGCGGCUGGUGUUGAACUACAAAUUGAGGGGAGGCAAGUACUAUCGCGACCACAACGCCCUGGAGGUGACCCCCACGGGCCGCUUCUUCACCGAGCUCAUGCUUGACAACCUGAUGAAGGCGCGCUACCUGGGGCCCACAGGGCCGCAGGACUGA